AUGUCCACGGGCUCGGUGAGCGACACCGAGGAGCCCCGGGACCAUCAGCGCGGCGCCCCCAAGCGCGAGCACGAGCCCUACAGCUCGGCCGACCUGUCGGAGGACGAGCUCGGCGCGCACAAGCCGCUCGCGGGCGUCCGCAAGAAGCGGUCCCGAGGCGCCGGCGGAGGCGGCGCGGACGCGGAGCCGCGCGGCGCGCACAAGGAGGGCCGGCAGUCGCAGCGGAACGCGGCGAACGCCCGCGAGAGGGCGCGGAUGCGCGUGCUGAGCCGCGCCUUCUCGCGCCUCAAGACGAGCCUGCCGUGGGUCCCCGCGGACACGAAGCUCUCCAAGCUGGACACGCUGCGCCUCGCCUCGAGCUACAUCUCGCACCUGCGGCGCCUGCUGCAGGAGGAGCGGCUCGAGAGCGCGUUCGCGCAGCCCGUCGGCCUGACGUGGCCCUUCAUGGUCCCUGGACGCCUGGAGGACACCAAGGACACUUCUUCGCCCACUUCCAGGCUCUGUGGAGCUACAGCGUAGAGCUCAGUGUGUCCUGCUUGCUCACUUAUUUAUGAGUCCUGACUGUGCCGCAGAGUGUCGGUUCGAUACGUCUCUACAUGAGGCCCUCGGUCUGAACCCGGAAAGAGAGGUAAAUUCA